AUGUCAAACGAUCUUCAGAACUUAGAGGGGUUUCUCAAAGUUAAAGGACCUGCAAUGAGAUCUUAUUAUGAUGAGAUCUUGUCCUACAGCAGUUCCCAAGAAACCAAGAAAGUGCUUAAAGUAGAGACCGACGUCGAGGGUAGAAGUGGUAUUAGAAGAAUUAAAAUAAGAAAUCACCAAAUUCUUGCAGAUAGCCCAAAAGAGUGGUGCGGUUACAACUUAGGAGCUUCAGCCCCUGAAAUGUUACUCGGAUCCUUAACUGCUUGUAUUUCACAUAUGUAUUUAGUGGUUGCUGGAAUGAAAAGAAUAUCUCUAGUUUCAUUAAGCGUAGAAGCUUCCGGGUCAUUAGAUUUGAGAAAUGGGAUGAAAGGUUUUGAGAACAAAGUUCCCGGUAUCGAAGAUUUAAAUUAUACUGUCCAUAUUGAGUCGAAUGAGAAUGAUGAAGUAUUAAGAAGUUUGCAUCAGGAAGUCGAGAAGAUAUGUCCUCUAUACGUGAGU